AUGUCCACGAGAUCUCAUUCUAACUGGCGCUUAAAACCUUUACAGGAGUUGGCAACUCAUAUUGGUGAGGUUGUGAUGAACAAGUGCUUUUGCACCCGUAGGAACCCUAUUAGUAUAUCCGCAGCUGCCAUUUAUUUGGCCUGCCAAUUGGAAGAUAAACGUAAAACACAGGCUGAGAUCUGCAAGGUGACAGGCCUAACCGAGGUCACUCUUCGAAAAGUUUACAAGGAGCUGUUGGAAAAUUGGGACGAUCUACUUCCAUCAAAUUAUAAUCCAGUUGUUCCUCCAGAAAAGGCAUUUCCAACGGCAACCAUUCCUUCAGGUCGUUCCUUGACUUCUAGAAAUGAUCUAGUCGAGGGGUCUUCAUCAGACAGGGACAAGCAUUCUGAAGUGAAGUAUACUAAACCGAGUGAUGUCCUAGACUUAUCCCGUCAAACCAGAGGUAAAGACAAUGCAAUGCAAGUCCCACCAUCUUCUUGGAGGCCCCAGGGUGCAGUCGGAGCCUCUACUAUUCAAAAACCUCGUGAAAGGAAUCAAGCUACGACCCAAAAUAUGGAAAUUGAUUUACAGUACAAAAAUCGUGAAGAGAAAAGAGUAGAUGCUGAUGCAAGGGGUGCGUCCAGUUCCCCGAGCUCGGUUCAUUUCCCUAAUCCUCCUGCUUUAGCUGCAGGUGUCGUCCCAUGGCCAUUUCGGCCCCCAACGGCAUCAUCCCAUUCGCCUUCUGUUCAGUUUGUGCAAGCACCAAAAGGAGCUUCCAAUGCUGUGGAUGAAGGAUCCUCGAAACAGAUUGGGAAUGAAAAGGUUAUUUAG